AUGCCUACACCAGGCGGCACACCAGCACAGGGCAACCCGUACGAUCGGCCUGGCGAAGGUGAAGGGUCGAGGGGAAUGGAGGGGCAGGAGGGCGAGCGCAGUCUGGGUGGUGAUCUGCUAGGCGCAUAUCUGAAGAAAGGUUCGGGAGGAUCAGGCUCGUCACCACUCGGCAGUAUCGCUUCUUCGUUUCUGGGAGGCGGUAGCAGCAACAAUAACCAUGGCUCCUCGAGUGGAGGAGGAAGUUCGGGGCUUGGCGGACUAGCACAGUCGUUCUUGGGCGGUGGUAGCUCGCAGAAGCCACAACAACAGCAGCACCAGAAUCAGCAGAGCCAACACCAGUCGUCGGGUGGAGGUGGUGGUGGGCUUGGACAACUGGGAGCGAUGGCGAGUAACUUCUUGGGUGGGCACGGAAAGACUGGCGGGUCGAACUAUGGAUACUCCUCGAAUGGGCAGACUGGCACGUACAAUGGCACUGCACCGGCGGCGUCGUACCAGGAGCACCAUAAUGCGCACUCGAAGCCGAAUGCAGGGUAUGGGCAGCAGCAAGGAGGAAGCUCGUACGGUCAGCAGGGCGGCGGUGGAUAUGGUUCGCAGCAGACAGGUUACGGCGCAUCACAACAACAGCAACAUCAGUCCGGCUACGGCGGUAGCGCAGCAGGCAGUGGCUAUGGCACACCUCAACAUCAGCAGCACCAAGGAGGGCCACCUUCUGGCCAGUAUGGAGGCCAACAGGGCGGCUAUGGACCACAGAGCGGCUCGUAUCAAGCUCCAGGCCAACACGGAAAUGAUUACUCGCAAUCGCAUCAGCAACAAUCAUAUGGUGGCGCUUCUUCAGGCGGCUAUGGCCAACAUCAGCAACAUCAACCUCCUACCGGACAAUAUGGUCAGCAAUCAGGUGGGUACGGAGGACAACAGUCGUACCCUCCACCGCCACCAAUGGAAGGACAUAACGCGGGCCAGCAUCAGCAUAACCAGCAAUACUCUGCUUAUCCAGGCGCCCAACAUCAACAUCAGCAAGGUGGUGGGUAUGGACAGCAGCAACAGGGUGGGUACGGCGGCGGUGGAUAUGGUGGAUCUGGUGGUUAUUAG